GCGAGGUAGCAGAGGUGUGGACGAAGGGAGGGAGCAACAGCAGCAGGGAUCUCCGCAGUUUGGAACAGAGGGAGAGAUCCCUAUAGUGGUGCAGAGUCACAGGAGCCACAGGGAGAGUCGAGGGGACAUGGACCGAGACAAGGAGUAUGUUGGAUUUGCCACCCUCCCCAACCAGGUCCAUCGCAAGUCAGUGAAGAAAGGGUUUGACUUCACUCUUAUGGUUGCAGGAGAGUCAGGUCUUGGGAAAUCCACACUAAUUGACAGUCUCUUUCUGACAAACCUCUACAAGGAACGAAUCAUCCCAAGUGCCGAAGAGAGGAUCACAAAGACCCUGGAGAUUACGAAGCAUGGUGUGGACAUCGAGGAGUGCGGGGUGAGAGUCAAACUGACAGUGGUGGACACUCCGGGUUUUGGAGAUGCUGUAGACAAUUCCGAAUGCUGGAAGCCAAUCGUUGAAUACAUCGACGAGCAGUUUGAGCAUUACUUCAGGGAUGAAAGUGGCCUUAAUCGCAAGAACAUCCAGGACAACCGGGUCCACUGCCUCCUGUACUUCCUCUCUCCUCUGGCCCAUGGGCUGAGGCCACUGGAUGUAGAGUUCAUGAAGGCAGUUCACGAGAAGGUCAACGUGGUUCCCAUCAUCGCCAAAGCCGACACCCUCACCCCCUCAGAAGUGCAGAGGGCCAAGCUGAAGAGCAGGAACAACACGGAGUGA